AUGGAGAUUGAUAAUUGUAAAGGAAUACUUGUAUCAGAAAACAAUAGCAAUGUUUGCCGCGUUUGUCUUACAACAAAUCAAAAUAACCAAUGCAUUUUCGAUAUUAAACAAAGUAAUUCAAAUAAUAUAAAGAUAAUUAAUUUGUUAGAGAAACUUCGUUUGUGCAGUGGUCUGGAGAUAUUGGAAAACGAUGGUUUACCUAAUACUGUUUGCAUGAAAUGUAUAAUGAAAAUUAAUGAUGCUCAUGAAUUAAGAAAACAAUGUCAGCAAUCUGAUACUCGAUUACGAGAAUUAUAUGGAAAAUUAAAAAAAGAAUAUGAUAUCGAUAGAUGUAAAAUUACUAAAGAUAAAUGGUGCCAAACAGAUUAUUCUAUUGCUUCUGAUUUUGUUAAAGAUGAAAAUUGUACAUCUGCGAUAGAUCAUGAUUCUUUGUCAACUUUAAAUCUGAAUUCAAAUGUCAAACCUACAGAAGAAAAUAAAAUAAAUAAUGAAUCGAACCGUGUAAAACAGGAUGAAUUUAAUAAUUGCUUAAAUAAACAAACUACUCGUGUUAAAUCAAAAGCAGAAUCUGAAAAACAUGUCACUGGGAGGGAUGCUUACCGAACAAGGAGAAUGACAAUGUUUAAAAGAGUGACAUCUAUAGAAAAUUUAAAAAAUCAUAAGGAAAGACAAAGGCAAUACAUAAAAAAGAACGCAAACUUAAAAUGGGAUACUUCAGAAAAUGAUCAUUCAACGAAUGCUAUAGAUGCAAGUUUGUUAAAGUUAUAUGUUUGUACUAAAUGCGGUAGACAUUAUUCUAGUAAAAAAUCGUUAGAUAGACACUUAAUAACUCAUCAUGAGAAAACAUUCACGUGUAAUAAAUGUAACAAACACUUUUUUCAUUUAGACAAAUUAGUAGAACAUAGCAAAUUGCACGAGAUAAAAGAAAAACCUAAACCAGUAUUAUGUAGGAUAUGUAAUAAAAACUUUAGAAAAACUGAUACUAUGGUAAGACAUUUAAAUGUUCAUAAAAGAGCUAAUCCAAAAGAAGUUCUUUCUAUUCUAAAAGAAAUCAGAGACAGAAGAAAAUUAGAGAGUAUCAGUGAAUCCGAGAAAACAGUUAUUCAAGUUAAAAAUAAUGAUGAUAAAAAGGAAACAGACGAAAAGUCCGUGUCUAGGUAUAAUAGUAUGAUUUCAGACAAACAAGAAACUUGCACAUUACAGACUGAUUGUAAAAGUCCUACUUCUGCCUUAUUAUUUUUAGAUGUAAAUGCUAGUGAAAAUGAUUCUUUUGAUAAUAAUAUGGUUUAUAAAUGUAAGUACUGUACUAAACGUUAUACGACCGAGAAAUCACUUCAAAGACAUUUACUCGUUCAUGCCGACAAAAAAUUUGUUUGUAACGUAUGUAAUAUGAAAUUUUAUCGUGAAGAUAGAUUACAAAGUCAUAAAAAUCGAUAUGGUCAUGAUGAAAAUAAAAUAUCUCCUGAAGUACAAAAACCGUCUGAUGAGAAAUCGACUAUUAAAUUAAUAAACAGCUGGAUACGAGAAGAGCUCGACUCGGACAAUGAAGAAAAAGGCUUUCCUUGUAAAAUUUGUGGAAAAUCGUAUGACACAAAAAAGUCUUUAUCAAAACAUCAACUAAGUACACACAAUUCAGAAGAAGAAGGUUGUGCAUCCUGUGGUGAAAUGUGUAAUUGCGAUGAAAAAGAUAAAGAACAGAAAGCAAAUGAGGGAUUAAAACCAUAUAAAUGCAGUGAAUGUAAUAAAUCCUUUGACAAGGAAGAUAAACUGCAAAAGCAUAUAAUGAAUCACGAACGCCCUAAAGAGCAGCAAGACGUGGAUUUCAAACGAUUUUUAUGUCAUAUAUGUAGUAAGACCUUUAGACAAAAUACAGGUCUUAUGUUUCAUAUGAGAACGCAUACCGGCUAUAAACCUCACGUUUGUAAGUACUGCGGAAGAGGUUUUGCAUCGAAUUCAAAUCGGAUCAAUCACGAAAGAACUCAUACAGGUGACAGACCAUUUGUCUGUCAUUUUUGCAGUGCUGCUUUUGCUAAAUCCUGUACUCUUAAAGCACAUAUUACAACUCAUACUGGAGAAGCAAAUUAUCAUUGCAAAACUUGUGGUAAGUCAUUUAGGCGAUUAAAAUACUUGAAGGAGCAUAGAUUUACUCAUACAGGAGAAAAACCAUAUGCGUGUAAGAUCUGCGGAACGGCGUAUAGUCAUUCUGGAAGUUUAUUCGUACAUGAGAAAAAAUGUAAAGCACAGUUUAAUAGCUACCAGUCUAAUUCCGCUCAAAGUACGGAAUCUUAUUGUCACUCUGAAACAUCUUCGCCACGUGUAACUCCUAUCAUUACAAUUUUACCUGAAGUUCAUUUGAAUGUUUCUGAUGAGCAUGUUCUGAGCACAGAACAUAGCAAAACUUACAUAGAUAAUAAUCAGAUGAUAACUUCUCAGAAUAUCAACAAUUUAAAUACUGAUAAUCCAUCUGAUCUGCAUGGUCAUUCAAAUUCGGAUAGUCCCGAUGUUUCUUUAACUAUUAAAAGUUUCGCCUUGAUCAGGCAAAUGUUUCAAUCGUAAAUCGGCUUAAACCAAUGAUUAAAUUUCAAAUUAAAAUGUUUCUGUGAUAAAUUUUAAUAAAAA